AUGAUUUUACUUUUUAUUGUAAUUGUCUUCUCCAGCACGACUGUGGCCAUCACCAAAGUCAUGGAAGUGAUUCAGCCAGCCUUCCUAAUUGUGAAAAGACAAGAGGCCGCCCACUUUAUCUGCGAUUACAGCUAUGCUGGGGAUGCAAAGCAAUUCCAAAUAGCUUUACAUAAGCAGACAGGCAAUCAGUCCGUCCAGAUCUGCGCCUCGUCCUUCACGACCGAGUACGAGCCGUCGAGCAGGAAGGAGCCCGUCCACUGUCACAUCCAUCCUAGUCACAGCAGAGUUAAUCUCACUCUUUGGGGACUGGGGCCAGCUGAUGCCGGACUUUAUUUUUGCAAGAUGGAGCGGAUAUAUCCUCCACCCUAUUACUCAGUCAUGGGAAAGGGGACCCAGCUGUAUGUCAUUGAGCCGACACCCUGUGUAGACCUCCACCUUUACCUUUGGAUCGCAGCAGCGGUAGCUUCUGGAUUGCUUGUUUACAGCAUUUUAAUCACAGUUUUCCUUUUGAGUAAGGCAGUGGUUGGGGGCUGA